AUGGCAGACCGUGUUAUUUUGAGCUAUCAUGACUGCUUGAUUCACGAAUCUGACCUUCGACUUUUGGAGGGUCGUAACUGGCUCAACGACUCGCUAUUAGCCUUCUGGUUUGAGCAUUUACAACACGAGGUUUUCUGUGAGAACACUCGUCUCUUAUUUAUCAGUCCAGAAGUGACACAGUUGAUUAAAAUGGGUGAUCCAAAUGAACUCCCAAUUUUCUUAGAUCCUCUUGAAGCCAGGUUCAAAGAUCACAUUUUUCUCCCAGUAAAUGAUAAUUCUUCAGUCAUUGCUUCAGGUGGGAGUCAUUGGAGUCUCCUGAUCUAUAGUAAGUAUGACAACAAGUGGUAUCACUACGAUUCUCAGAGGGGAUGCAAUUUCCGUGAUGCCCGUUGUCUCGUCCAGAGGAUAAAUUCAUAUUUGGACCGAGAUAUUCCUGCUACAUUAGUGGACGCUCAGUGUACCCAGCAGGAUAACAGCUACGACUGUGGAGCUUUUGUUAUGACGUAUGCUUACCGGGCAGCGGAGCAAGCCGUCAAAGGNNUGGCUCUCGGCGCCUUGUAUGUGGAUCGGCUGGAAGUCAACAGAAUGAGAGAUCUGAUAAAGUCACUUGUAUAUAGCCUGAAAAGGUGAAGUAAGAUGAACACUUCAAAUUGUCAGUCCAAUUUGGCUACAAAAAAGCUGAUGCCUCUUCGAGAUAGUGACAACAGCUGCAACAGCACAUUUUUAGCUUUACAUAUUUUUUUUUUUUCUCGUGUGGACUGUGUGAUGCACUUUUCAUUACAUGGUUGAGUUUUGCCUGUAAAGAGUGACUUUUCUUAUUCAAGUUUUCUGCUUGGUUCCUAUUGCAGUGUUGGUUUUAAAUUAUUGAGUGGAUGCAGUCAUUUUUUUUUUAAGUUGCAAGUACCUAACAUUGCUUAUUUGAAUAGUGAUAUUCUAGGUUUCAUUGAAAAUGAAGCUAUACUUACCUCAGGUUAUCAUGUAGGUACAGUACAGUUAAAGAAGCAAUAUAUAUAGAAAUAUAAUUUCUGCAAUUUGAUUAGUAUUGAUCUUCAGCAUUUUUCAUUAUCCUAGUAUCCUGAUAUUUUGAGGGCAUUCAUCUGAAUGAUAAGGACUUUAAGUUAGUAGAAUGGACAAUUUUUGUAACACUGUGGUUUGGUAAUGUUAAUUGAAUUACAGAUAUGCAGGUUUUUAUUUAUUUAUUUUUUUUGUGCAAAAGGGAUAGUUUUGUAGCAGAUAAGCACUUCAUUUCAACAGUAGUGAAGAGGAGAUGAGAGGACAUGUACAUGGUGCCUGGAAAUACGGUUUACAAAUUUUUGUAAAACCUUUUCAUGGGUAGAUGGUGCAGAUUAACAUUAGAAAUAUAUUAUACUUAUAAAAUAUCCAGGAUUCCUUAUCCUUUGCAUCUCCUUGUUGAAUUUUACUUGUGGCUACAUUUUCAAAUAUGGAAUGUAAUGAUACAUUUACCACCCACUGAGAUUUUAUGUUGAAAGUAUUAAAUAAUAUUCUGGCAUAAAUACGAA